AUAUCAAUGGAAGGUGUGACACCUACCCAGAUAGUCAGGAAGGGUGAGAAUAUAACUAUCAACUGUACCAUGAAGGACCCAGGAAACCCGGAGGCUGAGUCUGCAAUAUGGUUGAGAGAGGGAGUGAGGAUAAAGGAGAAGCGGGGUUAAAUUUAACCUUAGUCAACGUAGGGGUGGAUCAUGAGAAAAACUACACAUGUAUUCCAUUCAAUCAGGUUGGUAAAGGGAACGGCUCCAGUGUACGUGUUACAGUGACCUCACCCCCUAGGCUAGUAAAGGGACUUAGUCUAGAGUCCGGGGCACCUGUAGAGAGAACUCAGGUUGAAUUGAUGUGUUCUGUAGAAUGUUCACCUCUCUGCUCUAUCUCUUGGAUGAAAAACGGAAUUAGGUUAAAGAAUGGUUCUAACUAUAUAAUGAAGGAAGUUGUUCGUCUAGCAGAUUAUUCUACCAACACUCUAUCACAGGUUGAAAGUCAGCUGGUGAUGAAUGUGAGUGGAUGGGAGGGAGGAUUAGUUCCAGAUAGAGAUACUGCCAACUACUCCUGCCAUAGCAGUAAUAAUACCUUUGGGCCUGGCGUCUCCAGCUUUACCAUCUUCAGGGUUCACUAUGCUCCCCGGAAUAUACAGAUCACACCAAAAGUUCAAACUGUGAAGGAGAAAUACAGACCCAGAGAGUUUUUCUGUGAGGCAGAGGCAUAUCCUCCAGCUAAAUAUUUCUGGCAGUUUGAAAAUGGAACUAGAACUAGAAGUGGACAAUAUCUUAAAUAUCCUUCAGCUAUCAGGCGAUCUGAUGGAGGUGUUUACACUUGCACAGCAUACAAUACCCUGGGGAAUAUUCAGGAUACAACAAGUUUAAAUGUUGUGUAUAAACCUGACUGCAGCAUAAACAAGGAUAUUAAAGAUGGCAUCUUAUAUCUCAGCUGUGAAGUUGAUGCUUUCCCGCCUAACGUGACGUACUAUUGGUAUCAAGGAGACACACUUAUAUCAUCCGCAAUAUUCUCUUCAGCUACACAGUUCGAGGUCUCUAAGGGUAUUGUUGGGGAAUUCUCUUGUCAAGCCAUUAAUCUGGCAGGUCUAGGGCCCAAAUGUACUGUACAGAUAAAUGACCCGGCGACCAUUUUGGUUGAAGAAGACGACUUUGCCUAUCUAACAUUUGGCGGCAUUUUCAUCUCAAUCUUUGCACUGUCCCUUCUUCUCUCAAUUAUUUUUUGCAGAAAGAAGAAGGAGGAAAAAUAUGACAUCACUGUAAUUCACGAGGUUCAAGAAGAUCUAACAAUUAGAACCCGAGAAGAGAAAACAGCUAAUUUAGAGUCCAAGACCCUAACUGUUGACAGACGAAACCCAAUUAUAAAGGACGAAUUAAAGAAUGGAAAUGAACCGCUAAUGCCGACAACCCCAGGCUUUUCAAAAUCGGAGACUGUUCUGAGCGGAAAAAGAUUUACUGAGUGUGCUCAAGAAAUUACCAGAAACGGAGACAACUUUUUACAAUGUGAGGAGACCGACGAAAACGGAAUUAGGGUUUCCGAUCGUGUUCUAGAAACUGGCGGAAAUGGACUGAUGUUCUCCAAAUGUCCGGAAACAAGCGGAAACGGUAACAGAUAUCUGGAAAGCACUGAAGAGACAGCCGGAAGCAGAACCAGAUAUCUUGAUAGCACUGAUCAGAAAAUCGGAACCGGAAACAGAUAUGAUUGUGCAUCAGACGGGACAGCAAACAGAUAUAUAGAAUCAGGAAAAAAUAGUGUAAACGGAUUUUACGAUACCACUCCGGAAAAGUAUAACCGACUUAGUUUACCAAGAAGAGAUCAACGCUACAUGUUUGAUGGUAGUAGGUCUGAACAUAAUUUUAAUGAACUUGAACAUUUACCCUAUGUUAGUGAACAGACAGUUAAUAAUGGAUAUCAAAUACCUUCACAAAUAGAUGUAUAUCCACCAAGAGGGGAGGAAUACAUCCAUUCCUUACAGACUGGGGGUAAUGGAACCCUAAGACUUGCUGGAAAUAGAUCAAUGCAAAAUGGAGAAAAUGGAACACAUCGAUCACGUGGAAAUGGAACAUUUUAUACAAGUGAAAAUGGAACGUUUCAUUCACGUGGGAACGGUGCACUACACAAUAAAGGGAAUGAAUACUUUAAUCAAAUAGAGGACUCUGUUCCAGUUUUACGUUCAGGAACGUUAAAAAAUCCACGAGAUCAUAGAGAGCACAGAUCAAGACGGAAGACAAAGAGUUUAGUGAGGACGCCAACAGAACUCUGGUUGGUCUAACCACUCUAAAACAGAACUCUGGUUGGUCUAACCACUCCAAAACAGAACUCUUAUUGGUCUAACCACACCAAAACAGAACUCUGAUUGGUCUACCAACUACAAAACAGAGCUCUGGUUGGUCUAUCAACUUCAAAACAGAACUCUGAUUGGUCUAACAACUCCAAAACAGAACUCUGGUUGGUCUAUCAACUUCAAAACAGAACUCCGGUUGGUCUAACAGCUCCAAAACAGUACUCUGAUUGGUCCAAAAACUCUGGAAUUUUAUUAACAGAAGUCUGAUUGGUCCAAAAACACUGGAUUUGUCAAGAGACAGAACAAAGUUUGGUUCAAAAACUUUGGAUGUUAAUUAACAGAACUCUGAUUGGUCUGAAAGCUUUUGUUGAUCUUAAAACAAAUCGUAUGGUUGUUUUGAAGAACUUUUAUAUUGCUGUUCUUGUGGUAUAAUCUUAUUAAAGGUACUGUAGACGUAAUUUCAAAUUACCUCCGGUAUGAAAAGUGGUAUGCCAGAUUCACAACCGUACCCCUUAAUCUUUAUCUCAGCGACUAUAUGAAAUAUAUCGUCGUUUCUCUGAAUAAGGUUUUUGUUCAUUAAAAUAUGUUUUUUGUCGGUCACUUUUUUACAGAAACCACAUCAAUUAAAUAUUAUAAAUGUUUAGAUAUAAAAACGAGGAUAUGAGUCAAAGGUGUAAAGGGUACUGUUGUGAAUCAUGUGUACCUCUUUUCUAAUUGCCACUAGAAGUUGCGUCGACAACCCCUUAAAGUGAGAAAAAAGAAUGAUUAGUUUGACAGUAUUUUAUAAAUAGUUGACACAGCUGUAUACAAUAUACAGUAUACAUGGCCAAAUUAUAGAUAUUGUUGAUGAUUAAAUUGUUAAAAUGUUUGUUUUGCUUCGAGAAUAGAAUCUUUAUAAAUUGUA